CGUUCGUAAUGAUUUAAUUAUUCUUACGUCGACAACUGCUGCGUGCGUAUCCAGAUGCUACCGAGAAUACUCACCGCCUAGGCAGGGCACGGCACGUGUCCGGGCCACUGCCGAUCCUGCCCUGCGAAUUUCAGGGUCCGGGUCAAAUAAUCUCCAUAAUAUGUAUCCAUCAUCUCGUCUGUCGUCUCGUGUCUCGUCUCUCGUCUCUCGAGGUCGCACGCAUACGAGAUUUGUACGACUCCACUCCACUCCGCUCCACUCCACCUUGCCUUACAAGCUACUCUCCACUCUGCAAUCGUUACCUAACCGACCGAACUUUUACCAUAUCCGGUCCGGAGUUAGGUAUCGCCGUCGUUGAUUAUCGUGCCUUGCUCCACAGCCAAGACAAUCGUCGAUAUCUCCCGUUUUCGAGUGAUGUUCAUCGUGU